UGUCGUCGAACACUUCGCCGCCGUUUAUCCAUCCGAGGACUCCACCUGUGUAAGCAAGUACACAGUACAGUAGCAUGGGGGGCAAGUUCUCCCAAGUCCAUUACCGUGAACGCGACACGGCGGUGGUGUCGGAUUUUGACCUGCUCGUGCAAUGUUGGGGCAAAGUCGAAUUGGAGACGAUCUCGACGCAACUCCGGCGCAUUUCGUUCAACUUUUGCUUGACCCGGGAGCACUUUCAAGAGAUGCUGCAGCUGCACCACAACGAUUUGUUCCGGCCCGUGGCGCAUCGGUGGUUCCACCACUUUAAAAAUACAGAUACCAGCACGAUCGUCAACGGCCUCGAGUUCGUCGCGGCGUUGGCCAUCGCGAGCACCGGUACGGGCAAGUUGGUCGAGAAGGUUGGGUUUUUGUUCGACCUGUUCGACUUUGACCAGUCGGGGUGCUUGACCAAGGAUGAGCUCAUGAUUCUCCUCAAGUCGAGCGUUCGGGGGCUCACCAAGCUCACGCAAGGGCUGGGCUUGCAACUCGCCAAACUGUGUCCCAUGGCUCAGAUUGAAGACUUGGCCGCCGUGUGCUUUCGCCACUGCGGGUUGGACCCGUCCGACGACCUGCGCCGCGACGCGUUUAUUCACUGGGUGCAAUGUACCCCCAAGCUCACAAACUUGCUCAAGUGUUACGUGUCAAAAGACAAACUCACCCGAGACGAAGCAGCGGUGUCCAUUCAGCGUGUGGCGCGGGGUAUGUUGGGGCGCAACUUUGUGGACGAGCUUCGGUUGCACAAGCAGUUGCUGCAGAACCAAGAGCUGGACGUGGCCGCGACCAAGAUCCAGGAAGCCAUGCUUAACCGCAAGAAGCGCCAGGAAACCAUCCGGCGGUCCAAAGUCGAGCGGAAUGCAUCGAGUGGCGCCAUGUACAGCUUUGGCGCCAACACGCAUGGGUUGCUAGGCCACGAGUUUCACGAACUGGACAAACCCGUCAAAGAUCCCAAGCUCAACGCGUUCUUCAAACACGCCGACCUUCGCGUCGUGUCGGUCGCGUCGAGCCUCGUCCACGCCGCGGCAGUCACGUCGUCCGGCGUCGCAUACACAUGGGGGGCGUGCGCUCCGGGGGCGUUUGGUACCGUCUUCUCGAAAGGGGGGGCUGCAGGGGGAGGGUCGCCCCCCGACGUCGUCCGCCCGUGCCCCCAGAGGGUGGACGAUCUAUCAACUGUUCAAGUCACCGCCGUAGCCCUCGGCGCGCGGCAUUCCAUGGCGCUCACCAGUGACGGCGUCGUCUACUCGUGGGGCUCGGGGGAGUUUGGGCAACUCGGGCACGGCGAUAUCGUCAACAACGAGCUGUUUCAGCAGCAAUUCGACCCACACACAAGUCGGUCGUACCCGAUGAUCGACCUCCCUCUUCGAUUGGAUAAGAGCUUGUUUGACGAGAUUCAAAUCAAGCAGAUUGCAUGCGGGUACUACUUUUCUGUGGCGCUGGCGGAAGACGGAUGCGUGUACACGUGGGGCGAAGGGUCGGAUGGGCAGCUCGGCCUCGGCUUGAGCGAUGACUUCCACGUCGGGUUUUUAGAUGAGUUCAUUCACCAGAGCAACUUUACGUACAUGCCGACACCGCAGUACAUCCACCUGGACGAACCGAUGGGGCACGUGGCCGUAGGAGGCAACCACGUGUUUGCUGUGAGCCGGAGCCACCGCACUGUGUUGGAGUGGGGCGCGGCGUUUCGACGCGACGGCGACCCGAUCUACCUCCCCACCCCCAACGCCGCUUUAAGCGCGCUGUACGUCAAGUCUAUUAGCGUCGGCAAGGACUUUGCGCUCGCGAUCACAGGAUGCGUCUACUUGAAACUGUCGGGUUGCGAGUGCAUGUAUGGUCUCACGGCGGCGUUCGGCACGCAGCCCGUGGACUUGUACGUGGGGUUGAGUGCCCCGCUGAUUGCCGCGGGGGUGCCCAAAGCCAAGCUCGCGUAUGCCGUCAAAGAAGAAUGGUCGCAAAAGGUGGUGUUUAUUGAUCGAGGCAAACCGACGGGGUCGUGGCUGACUGUUCAAUCGGAUUCGGAUCAGCCCACCGAGCCGCUUACACUGGCAUGCGUGGCAUCUUCGUUCGGACCUGUGUUUGAGAACGGCACUUUGUACACUGGCCAGUGCUUUUACACGCCCCAAAAGCUGUCGUCGCUCAAGUACUACGUCCGCCCCGAAGAGAUCCAGGGCAAAGUGGUGGUUCUGCACGUGGAGGAAAGUGACUUGCCCGUGCACCACCCCGACGACGACGUAGCGAUUGUCGUGGAGCGGUUGAUGGUCAUGAUGGUGGAUAAGGUCAAGGACGCCCAGGCGUGCGGUGCCCUCGGCGUUGUGACUGUGUUCAGCUUCAUGGCGGAUGCAUUCAGCUUGGGUACUGGCGACGACGACAAGUUUGCAUUUGGCAUUCCCAGUGUCAUGCUCAGUGCUGCGGCCGGCGCGCGGCUCUUGGCGUACAUUCAAGACCACAACCACGCCAACAUCCAUAUGCAACUGUACCACCACGACGACACUCUCGGCGAGCAGCUGCUCGCGAUCCAGCAAGCAGGCGCGGUCGCCGUCGUCGUGGGUCAAAAUUCUAUCCACAGAAUGCCCCAGCGGCUGGACGAGUCCGUGUUUGCCGGCCUCGGGAAUGCAGCGGCCCAUGCCAAGCAAGUGCGGAUUCCCGUGCUGACUGUCUCACACGAGACUGGCACGUUGAUCAAGUCCAUGUACCAACGCCUGAUCCAAGAUACAUUUGCGGAAAUUGGCAUUGCCAACUUUGGCGACGUGUAUGCGUGGGGGGCGGGAAGUCACGGUGUUCUCGGCUUGGGGGAUGUGGACGACGAGUGCAAGUUUUCUGUCGGGUACGACGCGGUGACCAACACGACGUACCCGCUGGCGAAAACGCCCCAAGUCGUGGACGCGCUGGUGCAAACUCGCAUCAUGACGUUAUCGUGCGGGGACCAACAUUCCGCCGCCGUCUCGGACACGGGCGAUCUGUACACAUGGGGCAGCGGUGCCCACGGCAAACUCGGCCACAACGCCGCCAUCGACCAGGACGAACCCAGCCCCCGUCUCGUCUCAGCGCUGCACUCGGUCAACGUCAUCGACGUCGCGUGUGGACCGCAAUACACGCUUGUGGUCACGUCACUGGCCGACUCGAACGGCCCGUUGGAGACGGUGCCCCUUUAGCUCGUAAUAUCAACUGAUACACCAUUCAGACUGGCUGCCAUCAUCCAGUCAACCAACACACUUGAGUAGUACGUACUACUCCAACUACAACUAGUUAGCAUGCAAAGUACGUACAUUGAGCUUGGAGAUUAGCCUCGAUAUAUAUAGCGCUACUGUACUGAUUGAAUACACACUACUACGAGU